AACUUUUAUAGAUAUAGGUUUUACGAACACCUCGAUCUACUCUCGCUUACGUAAAUAUGGCCACUUUAUCUCAUAAGGGAUGUAGUAUGCAGUUCCGCAUAUCCAUCGUUUUUUUUGUUGUGGGUUUUACUACGAUCAUCUAUCUUUACAAAAAUGAGUUUGUGAUAAAAUAUGCUCCUGCAUCUGAAACUACGUUUACUCAUCAACCUGAAAUAACGCCUACCAAUAAAUCUGAAACAACGUCUACUCGUCAACCUGAAACAACGUCUACUCAUCAAAUUGGAACAACUUCUACUAAUGAAUCUAAAACAGUGUCUACUUAUAAGUCCGAAACAACGUCUACCAUUGCAAUAAAUAUAACAUCGUCUCCAUUACGAACAGGUAAAAUAGUUCUUUUGUUUUGGAGUAAAUUUUUUGGUGCUUCACCCGCAUCCUUUGAAGUAAACUUGCCAAAAGGUGACAAAGAAGGCGAAUGUCCUGUGGCCUGUGAGGUUACAUCAGACCAUCAGCGAGCUAAAGAAGCAAAUGGAUUUAUUGUACAUUCAAGAGAUCCAUAUCCUCUACCUCCAUCAAAAGAUGUUCCCUGGAUCCUAACGGGUAUGGAAAAUCCUGUUUAUACUCCUAUACUUUCUGACGGCAACUUUAUGUCACAGUUUCAAUUGUCGAGAAGCUAUCGACUUGAUUCUGAUUUUCCUACACCACUCUUCACAAAGCCAAAUUUAGAUCCACCGGUUCCGUUUGAGAAAAAAACGGGAGGAAUUAUUGCUACUCUUUCCAACUGCGAAGCUGUCAGGACAGCGUAUAUAAGACAUCUCAUGGAACAUGUUCAUGUCGAUUCCUAUGGUGGAUGUUUACAUAAUAAAGAUGGUAUAGUAGGACGCUGGGCACCAAACUUUAGAGAAGCAAAACAAGAUGUGGAAAAAUUAUACAAGUUUGUUAUUGUGUUUUUCAACCAAGAUUGUGAUUACUAUGUUGAUGAAAAAAUUCUUAAUGCACUUAACGCAGGUGCAGUACCUGUGGUGAUGAGCACGGAUAAAAUUAAUGAUUUUUUGCCUGGAAAUCUGAAAAAUGCCAUUAUCAAUGUCAGAGAUUUUAAGUCUCCCAAAGAAUUGGCGGAGCGACUUAAGUUUCUAAUGAACAACAAAACUGAGUAUAAUAAGUUCUUGGAAUGGAAAGUAAAAGGCUUAGGUCAUAUUAACGACACUGUGAUUGGAAGAUUUUGGGAAAGUAAAUUUAGACAAUGGUGUUAUGUGUGCCAGGGAGUAUCGGAUGGAAAAGGGCACAAAGAAGGUCUUAAACCUGACUUUUGUAAAACAAGAGAAUAUGAAGACUGGGGAAUUACACCGUUGUGACCUUGGUACACAUGACGGACUGGUCGCAAAGAUGAAUGAAAUUAUAGAAACAAUUUACUGCAUGUAAAUGAUAUGUACCGAGUUAGUAAGGAAUUAAAACGUUUGAUAUCUGCAUUGUUUUCGAUUUUGAGUUUAAGAAAAUUGGACAAACAAUGUUCUAAACUCGUUUAUUUCGUUUAGAUGCAAUAAGUCGACCAACGCAUUUUGUACACUCAGGCCCAGUAUUACGAAGGUACCUACAAUGCUUUGUAGGAACAAUUCCAAAAGUAUUUAUCUUAGACUUUGAAACCCGUGAUGGUUUAUUGUUUGUGAUAUCGUAACUUUUUAGAAAUCUGGAGGCACCAUUUGAAUUUGGUCGUAACGCUUACCAACUUGUAUUUGCUCUCUUCUAGUAACAAUACUUCCUUCUGUAGUGGUUCAGAGUUCGUUGAAAAAAUAAAUUUUAGCUCGUCAAUUUUAUUCAUGGUACUUUCAGAAAAACACUAGUAGUCAUGAAUUUGUAAAGAAUAUAAUUUUAACAAUGCACUUAAUUAUCUCUAAGAUGCUUAGAAAUGCAAAUUUACGCCAAAA